UAAGGUACGUGACGGGAAGCCCGUGUUCGCGUAGAGACAUAGUUGUUAAUAAAAUCGUGUAAUUAGAUUGCUCGGCAAAGUCCUCAUCAAGGCAGAGUGUCGAGAGUGUUUCGGUUCGCGGUUUUGUGACAAAGACUCAUACGAAUACGUUAAAAUCAUUCCACACUUUUCAAUUUCUAUCUUUUUCUUUCAUUUUUAUUUCGUUCGCAAAUUAAUUAUAUUCUUUUUCCGCGUCGCGAUGUUUUCGUAUUAGUUUCUAAUUGUAUCUCGUUUCCGUAAUAACCAAGGCUCAAACGCGAUCGCGUAGUGCGCGUGCAAAAAGUUCUCAUCUCUUCUUCGCCUUCCAGAUUUCUAGACCACAACCACCACAGCUUUUCGUAUACGAUCCAUUGCAAAUAUCAUAUUUAAAAUACACUACAUCGAAUUGGUGAGUUGCACAAUCUAUACUUUAACACAGCGAAUCUGGUGUCGAGUGAGGCAAAACGGCGAUCUAAGAGACUGCUAGUCGGGGAAGUAUCCCACUAGAUCGUUCCGUUCCACAUUUUCGAGGUAUCUAAAAGAUUUCUUAAUUAACUAAAAUUUCCCGAAUACGCGCAAACGAAGACGGCCCACGAGACAGUUUGUCUUGGAAGUAUCCAACUGGGACCGUCUCUUCGUUUUUUUUUUUAUUGUUUUUGAUCACUCUCGAAUCAUCGUAAAACAAACACCGUAGUUCGAAUCAUCAUUAUUGCAAAGUAAUUCUAUUAUUUUCCUGUCAAUUUCUCGUUAAAGUUCAUUACAUAUAAAUUUCACAUAUCUUUUCUAAUUUAAUAACCGUUCUAACAUAUACUAAUUUCUUUUUCCAUAUAUUUCAUAGAGCUCGAACGUUUUGUUAAUUAAAUCAUUUUGUUGUAAUUAUUUUUCCGAAAUUAUACACAUGUUACCCAUAUUUGAUUUCUAAUAAUUUGCGUUCAAACACCCUUCUCAUUUUCCUUUAUUAACAUGCCUAACUUCUUGCACGAAUUCACACGAGGGGCCCGUAUGGGACCAGAGCAUUGACGAACUCAGACAAUCCAGAAUCUUAAUUCGGCUUAACUUGAUUUAAUUCUUUUUGACUAAUUUGAUUCUUUUUAAAUUGUCCUAAUCGUGGUUGACCCAACAUCGUCAAAUACGAUUAGAACUGGUGGCAGCGCUAAUACCGUUUCAACCGCGUAUUAACACCAAUUAAUCAAACCAAACAUUCACAUUACGUUUUCGUUUUUUUUUAUUUUGUAUGUCGCGCGCGCGCCGUAUCGCUCGCUCGCGACGUAACAAUACGAUCCACAUGGCUACCAAAGACAGAAAAAGUUUCAGUAAACGAUUGCCCCAUGAGAACAAAUAACAUAACAGAAUGUUAUAAUAAUAUUGUUUUAUUGAAAAUGGGAAAAGGCAAAAAGAACAUAUGGGUAUUUUUGGAAAAACUAGAACAACUAAUAAUGGAUGAAGAAAUUAAAAUAAAAAGAUUAAAUGAAGGACAAUGUGUAUGUCGUAAAAGCAACAAAAAGACUAUAAUAAGAAAUAAAAGGAUUGAAACAAUACAGAAAGAUCUUGCUAAUAGAAGGUUAACUCUGACAGAAUCUUUAUUAUCGUUUUAUAAAGGGAAUAAGAUAUUGAUAUAUGGAGAUUAUGAAGGUAAAGUAUGAAAGUUAUUGCUACUGCAGAAAAGUACUUGAGUAUAUCUCGAAAUGUUAAUAAUCUAAUCACGCGGAACCGACUGAAACUGUGCAUAAUGGAGGUUCUCACGAAAAGUAGAAGCGAUUUUUGUCAUUAUUUGUUGAAGAUGUAAAAUUUUCAGCACUUUAAUUAUAUGUAUAUUGUAACGUGG